GAAAAGUUGAGGAAACUUACUGGUCGUUUGCGGUACAUGAUUAACGUUGAGCACAGUUCAUCUUUUCAAAAAGUGUAUGAAUGUAAUUGAGGAUCGACAGGCAUAUGAUACGAGUGUUGCAGAUGCUUGUAAUCCAAAGCAGUUUUAUGCCUGCUUGUUAUACUUAAUAUGUCGGGACAGAAAACAUUUUUUUUAGAGAAAAGAGACCUUGGGCAUGGUACAGCUAGUCACUGAAAAUGUAAAAUGACCACAGACAUUGUGGACAUCUGUGCAAUGUGCAGUAGCUGAGAGGUGAUGCCAAAAAAAUGCCGGCACCGGCACUUAGUGUCUGGCAACUGGCUAUCAGUGCCCAAACGAGAUGUUAGGUGCUGUAUGUGAACUGUGAACAAGCUGUUCCUUGGUUUGAUCAGCUUCUGGCUCCAGCAGUACUACAUGACACAUCACAUAUGUUGUCAUUUUGAACUUUGGAAAGCAGCGUGCAUACUUGAUGUUGAUCUGUGAUAUGAUCGAGAAGAAAGCAACGAGAUAAUUUAUGUUAAAAGCAAGAAGGCGGUAACAAAAUGUCUUAUCCAUGAAAGAUGCAGCUAUGGACGUUUCCUUGGAGUGCCUAGUGUAUGCAUUACAAAACGACUGGAGAAAAUUACAAAUACGCAGGGUGGACAAAUCAAUUAAGCUGGCUAAUUCUUUUAUGCGAUCCAAGUAUGCUACGUACACUGUCACCUGACAACAGUACGUGAGUUGUGCAUAACGACCAGACUGUAUCGAUGAGGUAGAAGAUCUCUACAUCUAGUGGACGUCGCUAUUAAUAAUAGCAACAACAAGAACAGACUAAACGGAGAGGCCAUAAAACAAUCAUAGGAUCGGAGGAAGACUCGUUCAUCUCUGAGCAACUGCACCUCUUCUCUGUCCACCUAAGACAACUCUUGGCCAAAAUGGAGAACGAGGAGAUGAGCAAAGUAACUGAAGCCACCUGCAAACUAGACUCCAUGGAAUUCAAGGAGAGUAGCAAAGAAGAUGAAGCCAGCAAGGUGGAGGCGCAUGAAGUUAUUGGACAGAAAAGGUACGGAUUCGUUGAAGGAAAGGUUGACUGGAGGGGGAGACCUGCCGUUCGAGGGCGCCAUGGCGGUGUUGGCAAUUCUUUCUUCAUUCUUGUGAACUUCGGACUUGAGGGCCUCGCCUCUCUGUCUCUAGCCGUGAACCUUAUCAUGUACUUCAUGCUGAUCAUGCACGUCGGACUGGCUGAUGCCUCCAACCUGCUGACCAACUACAUGGGCACCAGCUACAUGAUCGCCGUGCUCAUCACCGUCUUUGCCGACACCGUUAUCGGCCGGUACCAGACUGUGAUCAUAUCAUCACUCAUCGAGCUUGUGGGACUCCUGCUGCUAACGCUGCAAGCUCACUCCUCGAAGCUGAAACCGCCGGAGUGCAUCUUCCCGUCGCCGACGUGCCAAAAGGUGAGUGGCGACAACGCGGUGCACCUCUACGUUGGGCUGUACCUGGUGGCGAUCGGGUCGGCGGGCAUCAAGGCGGCGCUGCCGGCACACUGCGCCGACCAGUUCGACGAGAAGGACCCCAAGGAGAAGCGCCAGAUGUCCAGCUUCUUCAACUGGCUGCUGCUCAGCAUAUGCAUCGGGGGUGCCUUCAGCGUCACCGUCUUCGUGUGGAUCCAGAACAAGAGGGGAUGGGACAAAGGUUUCGGCGCCGCCACGGGCGUGAUGGGCCUAGCCCUUGUCGCCUUCGUCAUCGGCCUGCCGCGGUACCGGAUCUCCACUGUGCAGGGCAGCAGCGCGCUUCUUGAAAUCUUCCGGGUGUACGUUGCUGCAAUCAGGAACAGGAAUCUGCGACUCCCUGAGAACCCUGAGGAGCUAUACGAGAUCAGCAGAAGCAAAGCAUCUCCUGAGACGGAGUUCGUGGCCCACAGGGAUAAGCCAUUCAGAUUCUUGAACAAGGCGGCCAUAGUUCAGACAACAACAGGGGAGAUGCCGAACCCGUGGCGGCAAUGCCGUGUGACGCAAGUGGAAAACGCCAGGACGAUGCUUGCCAUGGUGCCCAUCUUCUGUUGUGCCAUCAUCAUGGGCACCUGCCUGGCGCAGUUCCAAACCUUCUCCAUCCAGCAGGGCGCCACCAUGGACACCCGGAUCGCCAAGCACGUGCAGAUGCCCCCCGCAACGCUGCCCAUCAUCCCAUUGGGCAUGCUAAUCUGCGCCGUGCCCAUCUACGAGCGCCUCUUCGUGCCCUACGCCCGACGCAUAACGGGCCACCCAAAUGGCAUCCUCUACCUGCAGCGAAUAGGCGUCGGCCUUGUGCUCUCCAUCGUCUCCAUGUGCAUCGCGGCCGUCGUGGAGAUGUACCGCAAGAGAGUCGCCACCCGUAACAACAUGCUAGACGCGAUCCCGCAGCUCCAGAUGUUGCCGAUAUCCUGCUUCUGGCUGGCACCACAGUACGGCGUGUUCGGGAUCGCCGAUAUGUUCACCUUCAUCGGCUUGCUCGAGUUCUUCUAUUCGCAGGCACCACCCGCACUCAAGUCCAUGUCGUCGGCGUUCCUAUGGUGCUCCAUGUCGCUCGGAUACUACUUCAGCAGCAUCAUCGUCAGGGCAGUUAAUGUGGCCACCAAGAACUCCACAGCUAGCGGCGGCUGGCUGGCAGGCAACAACAUCAACCGGAACCACCUCGACCUCUUCUUCUGGCUACUCGCGGUGCUCAGCUUCCUCAAUUUUCUAAACUACCUCUACUGGUCUAGAUGGUACAAGUACGUCAAGUCCCAGGACCAAGCAGAGCAUGUGGUUGUACCAAUGGAGCAGCAGCAAGUGUGAUGACUAAGAGUUGUCUUGCGAGACUGUUAGAGCUGUAAUAAGGUGCAACCUUAAGAGAUUUUGGGUUGUGUUUUUUUGCUCUUGAAGUUCAUCCGGAUUAUCCUGUUGCUGUGUACAAGCAAGUUUUCCUGUCACCAGUAAGAGAAUCCUAGUGGUAUUUAGUUUUUAGGGGCUUAUAGCCACUUUUGGUGGGUGAGAAAGGAGCCCUUAUUUGAUGA